CUCUUUUCGCUGUUUAUCAUGAGCUCCAUGGAAGCUCAGAUUUCUCCCCUGUCAACAAAUCAAAGAGAGCCAAUUUCAGACGUCUUCACUCGCGAAAAUUGUAAAGCAGUCCAAACGACAACUGGCAGUGCUCAAUUGGCAAUCAAGUCGAAUCGAGAACACAACUUGUUCUGGUCAUCAUGUCCUUGAGACGAAAAGUGUCGGACUCGCCUUCGGCCAUGUCAUCCGCGUCCAAUGAGUCGUUCGUGUCAUCCUCAAACUCGUCGGGUUGGUUUCGUAAGAGCUCCACAUUGGCCGCUUUUGGAUCUCGGCGAUCCAGCAAGAAGGAUCAACCCGACAAUAUCGUCUCAGCCGAACUCUACACUUGUUACAAGAAGACGUUGAAAAAGUUCGAGGGCGAAUGUCUUUUCCAUGUUUUCAACUCGCCUCCUUUGGAGGAGGCCGAAUUCGAGGCCAAACCCGUGAUUAUGCUCUUGGGUCAAUAUUCAACGGGAAAGACCACCUUCAUUCGACAUUUGUUGGGAGAAGAUUUCCCGGGCAUUCGAAUCGGACCCGAACCAACCACCGAUUGCUUCAAUGUUAUCAUGAAAGGAGCGCAAGCCUCGGUGAUCCCGGGAAAUGCUGUUACAGUGGACCCAAGAUAUCAAUUCAGGGCACUCAAAAUGUUUGGUGGUGGGUUCUUGAAUCGCUUACAAUGUUCGAUCAUGGACGCGGAUAUUUUGGAAAACAUCACUCUCAUCGAUACCCCCGGGAUUUUGGCUGGGGAAAAGCAAUGCCUUCACCGGGGUUACGACUACAAUGGGGUGGUUAAAUGGUUUGCUCAAAGAGUGGAUCGUAUUCUGGUGCUCUUUGACGCCCACAAACUCGAUAUUUCGGACGAGAUGCGAAAUGCUUUAGGAGCGUUGAGUGGCCAUUCCGAAAAGAUUCGAGUGGUUUUGAAUAAGUCGGACAUGGUCUCACCCCAACAACUGAUGAGGGUUUAUGGGUCCUUGAUGUGGUCCUUGGGAAAAGUCUUGCCCAAUCCGGAGAGUGUCCGUGUUUAUCUAGGCUCUUUCUGGGAUCAGCCUUUGGUUCAUGAGACUUACAGGGAGCUAUUCAACAUGGAGCACACGGACCUAUUCGAAGAUCUGAACGGUUUGCCGCGAUUCGCCGCACUUCGUUUGAUUAACGACUUCAUCAAGCGCGCUCGUGAUGCUCGAAUCCAAGCUCUUAUCAUAUCCGAAUUAGCCAAGAGGAUGCCCUCCGUAUUCAGAAAGGACAAGAGAAAAAAGGAGCUAAUUGACAACCUGGAUUUCAUCUUCCAAGCCAUUCAGGAUGUACAUGGAAUCUCUCCCUCCGAUUUCCCUGAGAUCGAGCCCUUCAAGGCCAAAUUGGAACGGGUGGAUUGGUCCACUUUCCGUCAGAUUGAGCGCAGCCAAUUUGAUCGCUUGCAGAAGAUGAUCAACGAGGACAUGGCCAAGGUCAUGCAGACCAUUCCUUGCCAUGGAACUCAGAUCAUUAAAAAUAAUAAGCCACCACCUUCGUCAUCAAAUCUAAAUGGACCGUUAAGUGACUUGACAAGUGCAAAAACGCCCUUUAGAAAGGAUGAUUCACUUGAAGAGAAUUACAACUGGGAUUUGAAACAUCGGAGCGAAGGAGGCUGGCCGGUCGAGAAACACGUGUGCUACUCCUUGUGGAGAAAAGAGUUUGAAGAUCUUUCCCCAUUUGAGGGAAAUAUCAGCGGAGCUUUGGCGAAAAGUGAAUUGACCAAGUCUAAGCUUCCGAAUGUGGUUCUAUCGAAGAUAUGGAUCAUGUCGGAUGUGAACAAAGAUGGAAUGUUGAAUUCAGAUGAGUUUUGUUUGGCCAAAUUUCUUUUGGAAGAGAAACUUCAAGGCCGAGAUUUACCCAAAGAGUUGCCUGAUUUUCUGUUACCUCCGAUCCCAUCCGAUGAAGAGGAGGCAUCGUCCAUCUCUCAUUGAUAUUGCGUGUAUUAUAAAUACUGUUUUUGUGCACUGACGUUGGUCCAAUCAUAAAUAUUUCCUUUCGGUU